GAAGGUUCUGGCAGCUUCGUUGCGGGCGGCGGGAGCCGCUGUGGGUGCGCCAUGGCCAAGUGGGGACAGGGGGACCCGCGGUGGAUCGUGGAGGAGCGCGCGGACGGCACCAACGUCAACAACUGGCACUGGACGGAGCGGGACGCGACCAGCUGGUCCAAGAGCAAGCUGAAGGAGGUGCUGGUGGGGCUGGUGGUGGAGAGCGAGGCCGGGCGCUGCGAGAUCAGCGACCUGAAGCACGUGGAAGGCGAAGCGUCCUGCAACAGCCGCAAGGGGAAACUCAUCUUCUUCUACGAGUGGAACCUGCGCCUCAGCUGGAGAGGUACAGUGAAAGAGUCUGGUGAGAAACAUAAGGGAUCUCUUGAAAUUCCUAACCUGUCAGAAGAAAAUGAGGUAGAUGAUACAGAGAUAAAUGUUAGCAAAAAGAAAGGGGAAGGCGAUGUCCUGAAGGAUCUGAUGAGAACUGAAGGAACCACAAAAGUCAGAGAGGCCUUGAGAGAUUAUCUGAAAGCACUUAAAACAGAGUUUACCUUGGGAAUGAUUCUGCCAACAAAAGCUACUGGUGGUCAGGAGCUGGCCACUGAGCGAAAACUAAGUGGGCACACCAUGCAAGAUUCUGUUCCACCACAGGAUAUAGUUGGUGUAAAAAUCCCAACAGUGAAGAUACUUAUGAGAGAAAUCUUCAACUCUCCAGCAGAUGAACUUUACAGCAUCUUCACAACUAAGGAACUGGUACAGAAGUUUUCUAAGUGCCCUGCUGUGAUUGAAGCCGAGAAAGGAGGCAAACUUCAGAUGUUUGACGGCUCUGUCAGCGGUGAAUACACAGAACUGGUGCCAAGCCAAAGAAUUGUCCUGAAGUGGAGGUGUAGAAGCUGGCCCGAUGAACAUUAUGCAGUGGUUGCCUUGAGUUUCAAGGAUAUGGCUGCUCAAACAGAACUGCAGGUAGAGUGCAAAGGAGUUCCCGUCUCUAGUGAAGACAGCACAAGGCAAUGUUGGAAGCAGCAGUAUUUUGAAGAAAUCCAUGUUUUACUCCAGCAGUCCAAAGACACCAUGGAAUGAUGCCAGCUCCGUCGUUUUGUUAGGGCAUUACUUUUUAUACUUUGUUAACAUUUGGUUUUUU